UCGUCUGUUGACCUAUCCUGAGCUGGAAUCAGCACCCCUUUUCCCCCUGAAGCACACACUGUGAGCAGACGACUGAUGGUGAGAGUGAAAAUCAGUGAGGCAAAGUGUUCCAUCCCCGCGAAGGGAUGGAACAAGGCACUAGGACCUAGGAGGCGUCUCAUCCACCCUGGCAGGAAUUUCUUGCUUGGAGCUCAGACAACAAAGGCAGAGUGAGCCUGGUUUUCUUUCUCUCAGCAUCUCCACCCUGCGCGCUGAAAACCGGGUGUCAGCUCCAGCCUCGGCUUUUCUGUGCUGGAAGCCCCCGUGCUCAGAACAAUGAAAGCUUCAGAUCUUUAGGGUUCACCAAGCUAUGGAACUUGAUUUUGGACACUUUGACGAAAGAGACAAGGCGUCCAGAAACAUGCGAGGCACACGGAUGAACGGCCUGCCCAGCCCCACUCACAGCGCUCACUGCAGCUUCUACAGAACCCGGACCUUACAGGCGCUGAGUAACGAGAAGAAAGCCAAGAAGGUUCGUUUCUAUCGCAACGGGGACCGCUACUUCAAGGGGAUUGUGUACGCCGUGUCCUCCGACCGCUUCCGAAGUUUCGAUGCGCUCCUGGCGGACCUGACCCGGUCCCUGUCCGACAACAUUAACCUGCCCCAGGGAGUGCGCUACAUCUACACCAUCGACGGCUCGAGGAAGAUCGGCAGCAUGGACGAGCUGGAGGAAGGGGAGAGUUACGUCUGCUCGUCCGACAACUUCUUCAAGAAGGUGGAAUACACCAAGAACGUCAACCCCAACUGGUCUGUCAACGUGAAGACCUCUGCCAACCAGAAAGCACCUCAGUCCCUGGCCAGCAGCAACAGCGCCCAGGCCAAGGAGAACAAGGAUUUCGUGCGCCCCAAGCUGGUGACCAUCAUCCGCAGCGGCGUGAAGCCCCGCAAGGCCGUGCGCGUGCUCCUCAACAAGAAGACUGCCCACUCCUUCGAGCAAGUCCUCACUGACAUCACUGAAGCUAUCAAACUGGAGACAGGGGUGGUCAAAAAGCUGUACACCUUGGAUGGGAAGCAGGUGACCUGUCUCCACGAUUUCUUUGGGGAUGAUGAUGUGUUUAUCGCCUGUGGUCCAGAAAAAUUCCGCUAUGCACAGGAUGACUUUUCCCUGGAUGAAAGCGAGUGCCGGGUGAUGAAGGGGAGCCCAGCAGGUGCCACGGGCAGCAAAUCCUCCCCCACCCCUCAGAAGAGCUCGGCCAAGAGCCCCGCGCCCAUGCGCCGCAGCAAGUCCCCGGCCGAUUCAGGUAACCACCAAGAUGCCAACGGGACCUCCAGCAGUCAGCUGUCCACACCCAAAUCCAAGCAGUCCCCGAUCUCCACGCCCACCAGCCCAGGGAGCCUCCGUAAGCACAAGGACUUGUACCUGCCUCUGUCUUUGGAUGACUCGGAUUCCCUUGGGGAUUCCAUGUAGAGCGACGCGGAGCGAAAUGUCCACAUUGCAUUUGGGAUACAGCAAAGUACCUCUGCCAAAACAAGCAGAUAGGUGACUGGUGCUUUCAAGUCAAAGGACACACGGUUAAAUGUCAUUUUUGUUCUGUGAUUUCUCCUCUCUGUGCCACAAACCAACACCUGCCAGUCUAUAGAGAUAGAGGGAUACCAUUCUUCUAAGUUACAGGGGCGCAGAAUGGGCAUUGUGAGAAAUUUGGGGCCGACACGCCAACGAUUCUGUGCAUUUCCCAUUUUCUUCUGUUCCUUCUUCUGCUGCAACCAUGUGCUUUUCCUAGUGGUAGUAAAGUAGCUGUCCUGGAGGUGUGCAGGUGGAGCCCUUGCUGAGCACUUUGCAAGCUGGAGCAGAGCAGAUGAUGUUCUCCUCCUGUGCAAAGUGCCCGCCUCUGCCAGCUCACCUGCUCCUCCUCACUCACAGCCCCACUUUUGGCACCUGCAUUCUAAAGAGUCUUGCUUUUAUUGUGGAGGGUAGGAAGGGAAUUUCUAGUUUGAUGCUUAAUAUGCCAGCAGAGGCUUGGAUGAGAUUAGGAAUGAUUGCAUCAGAUGCUAAGUAAGGUUAGUACAAUAAUUCAAAUUAUUCAGAUGUUGUUUGGGUUUGCUUUUUAUUAAAUAAUUAAACAAAAACUCAUAAAUCAGCUGAGUUAUCUGGAGUAUAACACCUUCCACAUGCAAUCCAAGGAUGCUGCUAGCUGGUAACAAAUAUUUAUACCUCCCCUAUGGUAUCUCUCUAUCUCUGUUUGUAACAGUAAUGCCUUGUGAACAGCCAACACUGAAAACACUGUGAGAAUUUGUUUUCAGGUUUGACACCCUAUAGGUCACUUUUUAUAGCAAAAAAAAUCAAUACACUUUUUAUAAAGGAAAACCUUUUAUCUGUGUUUUGGGAGUAAGGAUUCAAGCUCCUUCUUUUUUAUAAAAGCUGGUGAUUUUCUUUUGUUUAAAAAACACGUUCAGAAAAAAAAAAAAGUACAAAAAAAACCAACCACAACUGCAGAACAAUAAUAACAACAGCUCAGUUUAGAAAUCUUGUCAUCACUGCCAAAACAGACACGUGUAGUGGGGGGGGAAAAUGGUCAAUUCAAAAUAUUGAAUGUUUUGAUAGUUUUUGUAAUGUUUAAGACUACGUAUUUGAUUUUUUACACUUCAGUAUUCCUAACUAUGGCCAGAUUCUCUACUUAUAUAACAAAUGAAGUUUUGUGGUGUUCUAAAACCCGUAUUUUAAGAAACUCUUCUAUCUGAGAAAAAACAAACUCGCUGUAUUUAGAGAAAGCUUUUGCUUUUAUUAAUCAGUAAUGCCUCCUCUGGAAUGCAAAGUUCAUCUCCUCACACAGGGCUGGUGGUUUUUACUGCGCAGAAGCUUUGUCCUAGGCCAGCUGCCAUUGCCUCCCUCCCUCAUGGAACAAGCUUUGAUAAAACUGAUUCUUGCAGAACUUUACCUAAAUGAAAUCUGUGCAAUCAAUUCUUUCUUUGUUGCUCUAUUUGCCUUUUUUUUUUAUUUUCUUUUCCAACAUAGACACCUACUCCCUGUUGCCUUGCAACCCCUUGUGAUUAGGAUGGAUUUUAUCCUCGUGAUUUUUGAUGCUCCACGAAUGCUGGGUUGUUCCCAAAGCCACUCCACGUUUUGUUUGCUUGCAUUGCUGGGAUGAAACAAUCUGUGCAGGCUGCAUCUUCCGAGGCUCGUGUGAUCACGCUUAUAAUGCAACUUUUUCCAAGAGAUUUAUCAGAGAGAGGCCAGGAUUGGGAAUUGUCAAGGGGUCAGAGUUAUCAUGCACCAAAUUUGCACCCAGUAGUCUUAGUGCAUGAUCAUUUACACCCAGAGUUUUGCACAAGAAACCAUUUGUUCUCACUGGUAGCUUCAUUUGAUUGAAUAACUCUCUGACUGCACAACUGCUAAAUGGUCAUUUUAAAUAUUGUAAAUAGUAUCCUGGGGUUAGUUCACAGGCUAAGGGCUCGUGUUGAGGGUUUGUGGGGGGAAGGACGGUGCUGUGGACAAAGCUUGGGUGCAGUAGUCAGCACACCUCUCAGCCCUUGGCAUUGCUGAAUUUCGUGUCUGAAUGGGAGCAGGUCUCUGAGUAACCCUGUGCCUCAAUCUGUCUGUCUGUCCCUGCAGGGACAGCUCUGUUCUACCUCACUGGGGGUUGUGAGGCCAAAUGUUGGUUAACAUUUGUCAAGUGCUUUCAGAUCCUCUAACAGAAGGUGCUGAAAUAUUCUGGGUGCAGAUUUGGUUAUGGGUGCUAAUUUUUGGCUGUUUAAUCCUCUGAGUGCUACUGUAGACACUGGUCAUGAGCAAAAAGGACUUCUUUAAGCAUAAGGAUGUCAAAGGCCUUGGUUAUGCUAAUAACAGUAUUAUUCACCAGAGCUUUUGUCUUAGGGAAAGCUUUAGUGGGACAGAUAAUUUGACAUGCUUUUACCCUCUCCCCUGCUCUGUUGGUGGGAAUCUGAGUCCCUCCCUGAGUCUCUGCCUUUCCAGGGACCCUGAGCAGUAGCCAUGGAUGGACUGGAGCUGCAGUCCAGGGUGUUGUCACACGGUGACAGAGGCCAUUCCUGUCACAGUCAGGGUGAGCCUGUCCUGCCACCUGUCCUCAGAUAAAGCAGGAGACCAGCCAUGCAAUCCCAUCCAGGUUCUCUUGCUGCUCAGUGCAGGACACUCACCAGAGAUGCACCAGGAAACCCAAAUUCUUGCUAUCCUGGGCUGCUGUCUGCAGCCUGAGCUGCUGGAGCUGGUGGUGGGAGGAAAGGAAUCUGGGAGAUGCUGUGAGUGCAGUUUGUGUAAGAGAAAGCUGGAUCCCAAGGGAGGAAUGAUCCUUUGUUUGGAUGGCUGUUGAGAAGGGGUUCCUGUCCUUCCUGCCAAAAGCUCUGUUUGGUUAUUUGGAGAUGCUUUUCCUGGUGGGGCAUCACUAAGGAAUCACUGAGCUCUUCCUCCUGAGCUGCACCUGGUGACACAUCUAAAACCUGAUAUCCUGCCAGCUCUCCCUUGGGAAUGCAGUUUUGCUUGCAUGAGGAGCAUUCUGUGGUGGGGCUGAGCCCAGCAAUUCCUUCAGGGAAUUAGGGAGACCUUGAAAAGGCCUAAAAGAAUAAUAAUAAUAAUAAUAAAAAAAAAUUGUUCAGUGGGAAAAAUAGCCAUUCAAACCAGCAGAAGCCACAAAGAAAACAGGGUAUGAGGUCAAACUCCCAAGUUUUAAGAAGCAAUUUUCUAGGUAGAAAUGCCUGGGCAGUAGAAGUCAGUGAGCAUUUCAGCUGUAGCAUAGAGUGAAGUCUGUAUUAAUGCCAAUAUUGCAUGAGUUCUUGUACAGAAAUGCAUGUGGAAUGUUACAUACAUUCAGAACUAGUUAUCUCUGGCUUUGUAGGAUCCCUCAUCUAGAUUUGGAUACAGAAAAACAGUGCACAGGCAUCAGACCAUAGUUAUUUAAACAGGACAGCCCUGAUACAGGAAAGAACUUAGAGGCUUAAAUUUUAGCACGUGCUUUACUCCUGAGUUGACUUUUCACGAGAUUAAGCUUGGGUUUGGUCAGAAAGCUUUCCUGAACUGCUGUGAAUUAGUAAUUACUUCCAAUAUACUAUAGCAAUUCCAGACCCUGUGAGAUUCUGGAGCAGAUGAUAGUAAUUCCACUAUAUAAUCCAGAGUUCACCUUUCAUAUUUUUUUUUAUUUUUUUUUACAUUUACAAGCACAUAAAGCUCCACAUGAUAUGAGGAUUUGCCAUAUUAAUUCUGCUAUAAAAACCUUGUCUAAUUUGCCUCAUGAGGCUGCCUUUAGUGCUUUCAGAGACUAAUUGAAUCACUGAGGCUAUAUUAUUUUAAAACAAUAGAGUACUUAAAGACAAAUUGGAGAAACUCUUAAAGUAGCAGGGCUUUGUUUCUUUGAAAUCUGCCUUUUUUCAGUGUAAUUUAGCAAAUUUGCAUAUAAAGAUCCCCAUUUCAGACACAGUCAUUAGGAAGGAAUAGCACAGACUGAGGGGUUUAACACUUUUACACUCAGGUGAUGGUCUUGACUGUAGAAGAUGAGAGCAAUGCAGCAAAACCUUCAGCCUUGGGAUUUUUAUCACUAGUAAAGCAUUUAGUACCCUGAAGUUUCUGGUUUAAAACCUCAUUUGGUAUAAGAUUUGGAGUUAGUUCAGUUCCACCAGCUAAAUAUAUUAAAGUGAUUUGGAAAGAGUUUGAUAAUGGGAUUUUACUUUGUGGUGGGAGCUGGAAGCAGCUUUUCCCUACCACUGCCUGUGUUUCCUACAUCUGCACAUUAUUUAUGGUCUUCUCAGGAGCUAGCAACACUAAUUGUGUUAUUUCCAUAGACAAUAAAAGAUUCCUGUUUGGAAAACAACUUCCACAUCUCUCUCAUCCUCAGCUAACACAACUGUAGGCAUACAAAAAACCAGCUGCUAUUUCUCUCUUAUUUGCUUGUCCAGUAUUUUUGAAGGGGAAAAAAAAUGAGGUAGAACCAAAAAUUGUGGCAAACAGCAAAGCAGUGUUACACCCAGGCAUUUCCAAUGGGAAACAAGGGCAUUAAAGUGGUAGUUUCUCCUUAUCCAUAAGGAUAGCAUUUUCUAGGAUGCCUUGUCUUUGCUUUUUCAUGCCUUUGAGGUCAGUGCUGCUCCCCAGCACACCCCUGGGGGUGCUCUGGGAUUCCAGGCUGAAUCCCUACCCAGACACUUUUCCAGGGACAACCAUCCCUGGAAGUGGCAUCUUCUCUGCAGGGGCCCUGUGUGGGUUUUCCAGUCUGAGCCUUCCCCAGAGUGCCGAGAGCACCGCAGUGAUUUUGUCGCUGACCCCGCAGCCGUGCAGAGCAAACGAGAGUUCUCUUGUGCUGUAGCACAGGCAGAAUCAUUUUUAGAGAAAGGGAGAAAAAAUAGCCAAGUAAAGUAGAUCUAAAAUUAGUCUAGAAAGUGUCUCCUCAAGCUAAGACAAUCCAAAACCAGAGAAAAGCCCCGUGGAGGUGUGUUUGCCACACACCAGGUGCUGAUCACGACCAUGACGGAACAAAACAGCUUUUUCCACGUGGGGACUUUGGCUCCAGGUUAUUUUUCUGGUUGCUGAUGGAAGCAGGCUGGGACAGCAUUUGGGACUGGUGAGGUUCUUUGCAGAAGCAAAUGGAUGGCAUGAGACGAGGAUAUUUUUCCUGUGCAUCUGAAGAGUCAGGUCAGUCCAUGCAACAGGACGAGUGCUUUACACAAGACACCUGGAAGAGAUCCAGCUGAAACCCCACCUUGUGUGCUGAGAGCAGGAAAGUGAAGACUUUAAGUGCCUUCUAACACCCCUUGGGCUUCAGAAGCAGGACUGUGCAUGUGCCCAGCAAGGCCUAGGGUUCAAUGGCCUUGACCAAAGGAGGCAGGGCACGCUUUAAGUCUCGAGGUAUUUAGCCCAUCUCUUGAAAAUUGCUCUCUCCAGUACCACAGAAUUCUUCUGGCUGAUGCCUCUGUCCCAUCUGCAUGAAUCUGAGCCUCUCCACAGUAUCUCAGGAAAUGCUACAGCUGAGUCUUGCAUCUCAGAGCUGCUCCUCACUGUGGAGUGAACAGGGCUGGGUUCUGCUGCAGUGGUUGUUGAUUCUGCUGAACUGGUUGUUCAGAUGUUCUUCAUCCUCCUCUGCUCCUGCCUCGAGAGCUGGUUUCUCCUGGUGCCUGCAGGUGAAAGGCUGGGAGCAGCAAUGUACAGACCCCUUUGUUUUAUUUCCUCUGGAACAGUUCUAGUCAGUGAUGAUUGAAGGUUGGAGGCCAAGCUGACAAACCCUCAUUUUAAUAGGGAGAGGGGAGAUUUUCAGGGAAUAUCAGUGGGUGGACAGAAAGGCUUUUUCCAGCAAUGCCAUUGCACAGCUGCUCUGACAGGACCCCAGCUGCAGGGCAUGGUAUGAGUACAACACCUGCAGGUGUAAAUGUGGAGUUUUGGGGUCACUGACCUUGGGACACUGCUCAGAGAUGAUUAAACACAUCAACACCUAUUUUUGGCCAAUAGAUGAGCUUCUGAGCAAAUGGGAAUGAAACCUAGUGGAUUCAGCAGUGGGGUUUCAGAGCCAUUGGGGUUUCAGAGCUCUUGGGGUGUGGCACAACCCUGGACAGAUGAUUUUUCCUUGUGCCAUGGUGUCCCAGUGCAGAGAGGGCUGGUCCCAAUACUUCACCUGUAGGGUGCUUUGAUCAAAGAGCUUGAUUUUAAAAUGUAUUCAUUGCUCAGUGAAUAGAAUACAUUUUAAAAUUGCUCAGUGAAGUCUGAGCACUUUGUAGGAGCAAACUGUAUCGCUGGCAAGUCUCUCACUGAACUCUGGCUCUCUCAAAACUCUGCUGUAAAAAUGCUCGAGUAUUUCAGUCAUGGUGAAAGACAGACACCUCAUUUCUAGUUCCCCAUCAAAACCACAGCAACAUCCCUGGGAGGAAGGAGAAACCCUCAUCCAGCAGCCCAUUUCUCUCCUGCCUCAAUACAGCCCCCACUGCCCCUCUUUUGGUUAGAUGUAGGUGCACAUAUCAGGGGCAAUUCCUGCUAGUAGUCAAAAUAUGGGCCUUGUGUUUACAAACAGUGAAUAAGUCUAAUUAUUUCAGUGGUUUUCUACCAAGAAAAGUGGGCCAGGUGUUGAAAACCUUCUUGUUUAGAAAGUGUUCAUGGCCAGGUGUCUAUAUGCCUUGCAAUGUCCUUGCUUAGUGCACUUGAACCCACCUCUUGAGACUCUUUAUCUCCAUGAACUCAGGACUCUCCAAAAGCCAGUUUGGAGGUUCCCUAGGUCUGACAGUUUAUCACUCAAACUGAAGAAAAAGGAGGAUGCCCAAAGGGAAUUAACAAAUCUUGGCAGUAAUUAAUCUGUCAGCUGAAAAAAAGAAAGAUGGCAUCGUGAUGGAAAGAUGCCAUGAUGGAGAACACAGGAGAUGAAGGGAAAAGCCUUUUCCUUAGAGGACUGGUGGGGAAUGUUUGUUAGGAGAUGGGUACUGAGUCAUUAAAUCAGCUGGAGCUUCAGAGAAAAUCCAAUGGCAGGGAGAGCACGAGGCACAGCACUGGACAUGUCAGUGCCACUGGUGUGUGGGAAUAAUGACACACAGAAACCAAGGAAUUCUGAGGACAAACAAAGAAGGAGGCUGGGGCUAGCUGAGGCUCUGUGGCUUGGUUUGGACAGAGGAGCAGCAGCAGCUCCUGGCUGUUGUUUGAGUAAUGUCCCUGCAGGUCCCCAGGCCAGGGGGCAGUGUCUGUCCACAGCACUGUCUGUCCCUCUGCCCUUGGCAGAAAUAAAGGCAAACCUGGCUGCAGCAGGCGGGAGAACUUGGUGUGAAGCUCUUCCCCUGCUGCCAUUUAACUCUCCUGCCAGCACAUGCCAUCCCUCCAAGGGAGAAGGAAGAUGCAGCACUUGCUCAAGGACAGCACCAAGCUGUGGGUUGGGUUUAUUUACCAGGAAUAUCAAUCCUUGAUCAGCCUGCCCUGGCCUGGAGAGGACACACCUGGCACUCUGGGGAAUGUAAGAGAAUAAUGAGGGCACCUCAGAGCCCCCCAGCCCUUCCCACAGAGCUCAGCACACUCUGGGAACCAGAGUUCCCACUCUGGGAAAAGUGGCAACCAGGGUGAAAAGCCAGGGCAGACUCCUCAGGGAGGUUUCCUGGGUUUUUUUGCUGUGUGGGCACAGAGGUGAUGCUGAUCUCACCCAGGAAAUGCCCAGCCCCUGUGUGAGAGCUGCUGCAGCCACCGCAGCAAUAGGAAGUCUGUGCAGAACAUGGACACCUGUGUUUAACACUGGUUUUCUUCUCAAGAGAUCUUUUUCCUAAAUUCUGUUGGGAUAUAGUGCUUGUGAAUUUAAUCCUAAACCACAAAAUAACUGACUUAUCCAAACACUUUUUUACUGUAUAGUCUCAGAAUAUUUUUCUGUUGCACAAAGAUUGCAUCUCUUUUAAUUCCAUAAAUUCUCAGACAGUCAGUAUAAUGCAAAUGGAACCAAAAUUAACCUAAUUUUCUGCUGCUUUAACCAGGCAGAAGCUUCUCUGCAAUUAAUUUGUGAAUCUAUUUGGUCCAAGGUUGGUCUCCUAUUUCAAAGAUUGAUUACUGUUGAUAAUUCUUGUGUGAUUGAUUGCUUGAGUGCAGAUUCAGUUUCCUGGGUGACAGCUGCAGCCUUUGCAGAGAAAACCUCACUGGCCCCAGUUAAAAAGUCAUCUCUUGUAUGGACCUCAAAUAGCAAGUUAUAGAUGGGAGAUAUUUUGUAUAGUUUAAUUAUAGUUCAUGAGAAAGCUGAAAUAGUUUGUUGAAAAGUUUUAGAAUUGAAAAUUAAACAAGGAACCUCAGCAAAUCAGGGUCUCCUCCAUAUUUUUUGCUUCUAAAGAGUGUUUGCUUUAUCUCCCUUCACUCUUGCUCUGUCUACCAAUAGAUACGCCCUGAGCCUGCUGGGUUUAUGGAACUAGAAGUAGUAUUUCUAUUUCUACCAAUAUUUUUCUACUCUAGUCCCAGCUAGUACCAGGCAGAAUAGAGAUUUAUGGUUGGCUUGGAUUUUAGAGAUAAGCAUUGCCAAACGUCUCGGAAAUAGAAAGAAAGGUUCGGUUCAUUUUAGGUGACUCAUCUAAACUCAAGGCUGCUUUUGAAUUUUAUCCAAGCUGGUUCUUCCAUCUCUCUUUGCAAGAGUUAUAUAUAGGAAAUGGAGCUAAAUUGGAGUCAUGUUUGCACAGUGGGGUUGUUGCAGAGCACUGGGACUCACCUGGCACGUGAUGGAACAGGUGGUGGCACCUGGCCAGCGAGAGCCUGACCCUGGCUCUGAAUCCCGGAGUUCUGGGAAUCCCAUGCACAGGGUCAGGCUCUGGAAAUACCUGUAAGGGACCAAAUGGCCCAGGUUUUCAACAUGACAGAUUUUACUUUCAGAGAAUCCCUGAGAAACACGUUGUGGGGGUUAUUUUUGUUGUUGUGUGGGUUUGGGGGUUAUGUUGGGGGAGUAUUUUGUUGCUAUUUUGUUUUAAUUACAGCACGGCUGCUUUUCUCCAUCUGCUUCCAACCAUUGCAGAGCAGGUAUGGAUGGACUUGUAAUUCACUUUCCUUAGCAGGUGGCAGGUGAAAUCCUGUGAUAUUCUGUUUCCCUCUUGUGCUGACCCUGCUGUCACAGGGGGGUUUGCAGAACACACAGAUUUUUUUCCUUUCUCUCCCUCUCUUUAAGACAGAGGACCUUUUUUCAGAUUUAGCGUGAUGUCUAAUGAUGCAUCUGCCUAAAUAGAAGAAUGUCUGGGGAAUUAAUUGCACUGCUAAUUGGUGUUUUUAGUUAUGGUGAAGCAGGAGUAUUGAAUGUAAGAACAAGGAAGCCUGUGAGUUAUAAUUACAUGCUGAAUUCUGACAUGUGAAACUGUUGUUAGUUUGCUUCUUAUUUAAAUGAUGGGUGAUCCAAGCAGCUUUAGCUCCGUGGCAUCCUAGUACAGCUGUGAUUAGCAAUUAGAAGACACCCAGGGUCUUUUGGAAAGAGGAAACCUGUCUAGCCAAAUCUCUUCUGUUCUCUGAAAUGACACAUUCCCCUCCAUAAUUCUCUGGAUUUUGUGACACUGUCGAGUCUGGAAGCACAGGGAAGGAGGAUCAGCCUGCUGGCUUUGCUGUCUCUAGCCUUUGUCUUCUUUCUCAGUUACAAAUCCUGUCCCACGCUGAGGUGAGCAGCUCCCAUGCCCUCAGCCUGAGCUCCUCACGCUGCUCUUGUCUGGAGAGCAGGAGCUGCCUUUGCUCAGGACCCUGUGGCUCGCAGAGCUGCAGAGCCAGCACCCAGUGGUGCUGAGGCAGGGAGAUGUGCAGCUCAGCUGGAACCUGAUCGUGGAUUACUGUCUUAGGUCACUCAUUGAGUUCGUAUGAUUUCCUCAUUAACGACAAAGCUGCAAUAUAAUAUAACUGAGAGGCCACGAUGUAUUUUCUCUUGUGGUUCAGAGGGUGGGGGUUGGAGGGGCAGCUGGGUUUAAAGUUUAGCUGGUAUACUUUAAACUCUGUGUACAUAACCUUGGAGGACGGGGGUGGGAAGGGGUCCGCGGUAAUUUUGGUGGGAUUGGUAAACUUCAGGAUGUUUUUGUUUAAAGAAUAAGGUAUUUAACUAAUGACAUUGUACAAAGAGUUAUUAAUUUAAAUGGUGCUUUUGUUCUCCUACCCCAGACCUGUCUAACCUUUCUUUUUGGCAAGCCUGCAGCAAUGCUGAUCAUGUUGACUUUUGUACCUUGGGGGAGUGUGUGGAAGGGGAGGGGAAAUGCUUUUCUCUUCAGACAAAUAACGUUGCCCAUAGUUAACUUCCUGCUUGGAUACACACCUCGAAUUCCCUUUAUGCUGAAUUUUUAUGUGAAGGUCUCUUCAAAGGGACAGAACAAGCAGAGGUUAUUCCAAAAGAUCUCAACUGUAUCAUCUUGUAAUAUAUUGCAGCUUUAUGCCAAUGAUUCCUUGCUUACCUGUACACAGUCCAUGCAUGUUUUGAACUAAUUUUACAUUCUCCAUUUGUGGUGAGUUAUUUAGCAUUUUAACCACCUUUUGUGCCAUUCAACUUGUACAGAAAACAUUUUUAUUGACGUUUUAAAGGGAGGGGGAAAAAAAAUAAAAAGACCCCUUCUGCUCUCUAGUUGUAGGUAGAACUCAGUUACUUAGCAAACAGAUGUAGAUGAGUGGUUGUAGUGUUAGAAAUGUUGGCUUGCUCGUGAACAAGCUCUUGAGAGUAAAUGCAUGGUCCUGUACCUCUCUUUUCUUAAUUAGCUCUUCCUUUCCUCCUGGAAAGAUUCUCUCUCUCCCUCUCUCUUACUCUUUGUCUCUCUCUCUCUCUCUCUCUCUCGUGGUUGUAAAGUACAGAUUUGGGCAUAAAUAAAACGAUAAAUGACCAGGUUUGAAAAGCAGUUCUCAACAGGUUCUCUCGGGGAACGGAUUUCUCGCAGUGCCUUGCCUCGGCACGUUGAUCAGAUCCAACUUCCAGGAUCCAGCAGGCGGAGGUCGGUCCCCCGCUGCCUCUGCUCGAGCUGGGGAGCGAGUCCAGCCUUUGGAAAUCCGGCUCUGGUGGAGGGUGAGGUGCUGCUGGGCCCUGCAGCCGAGGCAAGAGGCACGAGCGGCGUCGGCCGUGGCCUCCGCUCCUGGCGGUGGUGGAUGUCCCUGGGACUCGUCCCACGGCCCCUGAUUUGCGGAGUUUGCACACACUUUUGGUUUUCCUGGAUACGCAGCGAGGGGGUGGGGAUGGGGUAUGGGAAUUAUGUUGUUGGGGGGUCUGUAGACAGCUCCUUCUCCACACUCCCGAGCUCUGGGUUGAGGACAAGGGGCUCCUUGUUUAUUAGCUGUGGUUCUGUUGGCAGGAGAGGACAGAAAACGGGCAAAGUCUUGGAAAAGAUGGGGUCACUCACAGAGACGCAUUUUGUAAGAAAUGGACUUAAAGAAACCCCAAAAAGCCGUGCCACAAAAUCACAAAGUGUACCUAGAUCCACACCUCUAUUCCCUAUGGCUCUUCUCCCUUAACAGAAUUUCCUUUUGUCAGAAGAUUUGACUAGGAAAAAAUUCCAUUUUUGUGAGGUGUUGUGAACUGUUUUUACUACUUGUAAUAACCAUCCCGGGUCUGAGUAUUCUUGUAAUGCAAUGCCAUGCAGCAGAGAACCUGUCCACUUUAUAGCUUUGCUCUCAAUAUUUGUUACUCAUUGUUUUCUCAUCUAAAUGUACAUUUGCAAGAUGUGUGUAAUGUCAUUUUCAAAAAAUAAAAUUUGGUUUCAGUAUUUAGGCCGAUAA